UUCGGUCUGCUCAGGGUUGUCAUUUCCUCAUCCAAUCACGGUCGCGAAAUGUCAGAUCGCAGAUUGAAGUCAAAAAUGAACAUUCAACUUUCUCUUUCCACUAAACAAUCCACAAGACCGCGACGCAUCUUAGCAACUCGCCUCCGGUCAUCACCACACCUCGAAUCGUGGUCUAGGUGGCCUAGGAUGUCGUGGAGCAUGCGAUCCUACGCAUAUUUUGAGGAAAGACAACCACAGCGCUGAGGUCGAGGCUGCCACGGGGCUGCCAAGAAUCGACCAUGCCAUCCAUCAAAUUCACGACCAAACUCCAUGCGGAGCCGGAAGCAAUUGAGGUGCUGGAUGGGGAACCAUCGGAUAGCGAGGAGAAGCAGAGCAACAACCGGUUCAGCAUUGAUUUUGACGGCCUCGGAAAGGUGCUAGUCCAGCAGGAACUCGACGCACAGAAUAAUGGACAGGACGAGGCUGAAGGGCUGGGUUACAAUGAGAUCCGGAAGAAGAAUUGCUAUGCAUUCUCUACCAUAUCUGCGAAUCAUGCGAAGUCACAGCGGAUAAUCCUCUACUCUCCGUCGUUCGGCUCCACAUUUCAGGCAGCAUGCUUCUCGGAAUUGAACCUCGUGGAGACGGACCUGCCGUCGAUCUUCUCGGAAGAGUCAGAGCAUUUGUGGUGGAUGGACGUGCAAAAUCCGUCGGAAACAGAACUUCGUCUCCUCUGUUCAGCAUUCCGGAUACAUCCAUUGACGGUAGAGGAUAUCCUGAACCGGGAGAUUCAAGAGAAGAUUGAAGAUUUCACCCACUACUAUUUCGCUAGUUUCCGGUCCUACCGUGUGGAGGAUACAACGCCAGACAAAACAUAUACACCUUAUACAAUCUACAUGGUGGUUUUCCCCACAGGAACGCUCAGCUUCUGCUUCGAUGAUAGCGAACAUGCGAAUCACGUCCUUCAAAGAAUUGAGCUUUUGAAGCACUAUGUUAUUAUCAAUAGUGACUGGAUUUUCUAUGCUUUUGUCGAUGACAUUGUAGACUCAUUCAAUCCUUCUAUCAAUCAAAUUGAGAAGCAAGUCAAUAAAAUUGAAGAUCAAGUUUAUACAACACGUGAAGACGACAAACAAGCGUUCAUCCAUCAGAUCGAAGAGGUCAGGAGGAGCAGUUCUGCUCUGUUGAGGCUGCUUGGGGGAAAGAACAACGUUCUCUCAGGAUUCGAGAAGCACCACUGCAUCGGAAAACUCGAGGACGAACCAUCCGAUGAGGAAACACAUCCAGGCAAUGGCCUCAGACUCUACAUCAAUGACGUGAUGGAUCAUGUUACCACCAUGCUGGCCAAUCUACAUCACUUUGAGAGCCUUCUAGCAAGGUCUCAAAACAACUAUCUGGCUGGACUAUCAAUCGACAGAAUGCGAGGGAGUCAACGAGUCAACAGGUUUAUACACGUUAUGGCAGUCAUCUCCAUGAUUCUGACUGCGAUGACCAUCAUCUGUGCACUGUUUAGCACGAAUGUUAAUGCCAAUGUACCACUCUAUGCUAACAAUACUCCGGCUUGGUAUAUCAUUGUUGGGGCAGAGAUAGCCGUGUCUUUGGCUUUGUUCUGGCUGGCGAGAAGGUUGAAAUGGUGCUGAUCCCGUGAUGGGUCUGACCAAGGGGACAAUAUGCUGGAUGGCCGUGGUCAUUGCUUGGCAAACAACCAAAAACUUCCACGGCUCUGGAAAUAACGCACCUCGAGAUGUGCCGGAGAUUUGUGAGAAUGCUACCAUCAAAUUUUAAUGGUUUAUUGGCGCAGAAAAGUUGCCCUUAUUGCAGACCACACUGGCAAGGAGAAUUCGCCGUUGGGAUAGCAGUCGCAAACUUGGGUUUGCGGAAGAAUAAGAAUAAAAUCUUCCAAAUGGCUUGUUCACCGCGCUGCCUCCGAGAGACCCCC